CCGCCUCUUGCUUUCAUCCUUUGCCCCAGCCGGCCCUUAUCGAUCUCAUUCCGGAUCACCCCUCGCCCGCCUGUGCCAGUCUUCCGCCUUCGCCUACAACGUGUUCUGUCCUGACAACUACACGCCCUCCUUUGAUGCGGCCACACUCCCGUUCCCUAUAAAGAGCCCUGUCUGCUGCCUCUCUACCCUAAGCUCUCUGCGCCCCCUUGUAUAAUUCGCUCUGAGCUCCUCCUCUAAUCAUCUACCCUCCCUUACUUUCGAUACCUAUCUCCACCCCCACUACAGGCUCACCCUCUACCGCGCGCCCCGCAUCUUCCCCGCACCUUCGCCGCAUCUUUCCUCGGCGCUGCGCUCGUACUUCCCGCUCCCCUUUUAAGGUUUAUCUGCUGUGCCCCCAGACCCAAGACAUGUGUUGCCUCGAAACCGAAGGAGUCAAGUAUGGCUGCGGCCACUACAUAAUCACCAAGAAGCUGCGCAAGAUCGACUGUGAGAACCCGUACUGCUACAACUCCCGUCGCCAUCGCAACCCCUGUCCGAAUUGCAUGUGCGAUCGCUACUUUGGACCUGAUGCCUCCGAGACGGUCAUUGCCGUCAGGCAGGAUUUCUGUCCCGAGUGCGCUCCAUACUACAGCCAACGCCGCCGGUAGUAGUUCCGCCCCACAUGGCCUCCAUCGCUACCUCGCCUUGAGUAUCCUAAUGCCGCCUAUUUGCGUCUCACAUACACAUCAAAGGUCAUCGUCCACGCUCAUAUUUCUCUCUCGUCUACAUGCUGUAUCAUCGCUGUCAGUCUCUUGCUGUUCAUGACGUCACAGACCAGGUAUCUAUCCGUCUCUACACGCAUGUAUUGUAUUCGUAUAUUCCUUGUUCGUCCAUGAGCAUGUCACAGCCUCCUAAUAAUACGUAACUACCAAGUUUUCUCAGACACCAGCUACACCGGUACCAUACGUUGGAUAAUGCAGCGGUUUGGCAGGCUACCAAGCUACCCACAUCGAGACAAGGUUGACAUUACGGUACACUGCACUGUAUGUUAACGUUGAUAUUAUAUCAGCAGAGAUCAUGCACAAUCUGUAAUCGC